AUGCCACAAAAAAGUAAAAUUUGGGAUUAUUGGAGAACUUUGCCACUCAACGAAUUAAGUCAACUUGAUAGUUUUAGUGAGACAUCAAGUAAUGAUGAAGAUGAUACUGAAGAUGUUGUUUCUUCAUCAACAAAUACUCAAGAUCAGGAAGGUUCCAAAAAAUUACAUCCACCUGUACAAUGUAAAUACUGUCCUAAAAAAUUUAAACAUGGACUUGCAACUCAUAUGCAAAAGCAUACUAAUGAUUGUUUAAAUACACCUGAAUCAGCAAAAAUUAUUAAAAAACCAAAGUUGCAAGAUUCGAAUUUAACACAACAAACAUUUAUCGAAUCACAAACAGCAAUUCAACAAAUGAUUUAUGAUCAAAGUACAAUAUCAUUAGAAGCACGAAUUAAGGUACAAUUACAUUCAGAUGAAUUUUGGAAUAAUCUAAAAUUUAUUAUUAGAAUUCUUAAACCAAUUGUUGCUACUUUAAAAGCAUUCGAAGCUAAUAACUCAACAAUUUCAACAACUUAUUCAUGCUUUAAUAUGCUCUUAACUAAAAUUCAAAAAAUUAGUUGUAGUUAUUCAGCAGAAAUUCAACAAAAAAUUCAAAAUUGUUGGAAUUAUAUCUACCAUCCUAUUAUGACUAUCGCAUUUUUAUUGGACCCAAAUUAUCUUAAAGAAAGCAAGACAAAUAAUCAUGAAUCAGAUUGUUUGUCAACAUUUGCAAACUUUAUUUCUUUAAAGUAUCCUAAUGAAGAAGCUUCUAAAAUAUAUGCAGAGUUAUUAAAAUUUUGUAACAAACAAAUACCAUAUAAUAAUGAGUUAAUUUGGAAUUCAGCUAUUUAUCUCAAUCCUUCGACUUGGUG